AUGGAGAAGGAUGCUGAGAUUGCCCCAUUGUCCACAGAAUCCACUGGUGCUACGGCUUCGGAAGAAUCCACCGGCUCCGAAUCCACAAUUCCGAAAAAUGAAGCGCUCGCGACGCUCAGCGAGUUCCAGAAAUUCGGUCAUUACUCCGUUUUUAUGAUUAUUUUGUUCGAAAUUAUGUUGCUGCCGCAGUCCGGGAUCAUGAUGUUCAUGAUAUUUGGAGGACUGGGACCUACUGUGACGCGAUGUGGAGACGUUGACUUGAGGAAUUGGACGAAGAAAGAAGUUUGCGACGAUAUUGAGAGGCUUUCCAAUGGGACUAGAUGCCAAUUGGAGGCUCAGUUCAAAAGUUUGGCCUACGAGGUAAGAAAUUCUACGUCUUCAAAUGGACCUAUGACAAAAUUAGACACUUUUUAUAUUACAUUACACCAAAUAUUUGCAAAAUCGAAUUUAUCGACCGGUCGCGUUGCUUAAGACCGAUUUACGGCACGGGCCUUGGCCGUAAAUCGGUCUCUGAAAAUUUUAGCUUUCUCCUUACAACGGCCUCUGAGAUAUUAAAUGAGCAGACAUCGAGAGAGUAUGCGCAAUGAGGAGAGAGGGUUAGAGAAAAGAAAAAUUUCUGUUUUAUAUCGGUUCUUGUCGGAAAAAAAAUAUUUUUAUUGAAGUUUACAAAAGCCAUCAAGAAUUGUAAAAACAAAAUAAUUUUGAAAUUUCAGUUCAGGUACUACUGCAACGAAUCGAUCGAGAUCAAGAAUUCGAUCAGUAUAAUGAUGUGUGGAGUCCUGAUUGGAUCAAUUGUCUUUGGGCAACUCUCGGAUCUAAUGGGGAGGAAAAAACUUCUGUUGGCUUCGCAUUUUGGAAUGGGGGUUAUGACAUUUUUGGCCUCUGGAUCAGCAAAUCUGUAUCGAUUCACCCUUCAAAAAAGCAUUGCCAUGUUCUUUGCUGGAGGCAGUGGAGCGUAAGGACCUUCAUUUCAUUAAAUGCACCGUGCACUCUUCGGGCGACAGAACGCACGGUGCACUUUCCCAAGAAUUUUCGCGGCUUGCAAUUGCACCGUGCAAAAUAAAAGCUCUUUGAAAAGUGAUUGCACAGUGCGGGUUUGCGCUUGCACUGUGCAAACGGCGGAAUUUCCCAUUAAAAUUUUUUCGAACGCACUGUGCGAAUUUGUAUCAGCAUCAGCACUGUGCUGAUUUUUUCUGAAGAGUUCGGACUUUGAUCGCACAGUGCGGAAUUUCACCGCACAGUGCAAAUUUCGAUUGCACUGUGCGAAAAAACAAAAAUAAUUUUUUAUUUGAAAACCCUUACUUUUUCAGGAUAAUGCAUGUGUUUUUGAUGGAAAAUAUUCCAAAACAACAUCGAUUAUGGGUCUCAUGCGUCCUCACUUACUCUCCAAACUACGUAAUCUUGACUGGAAUCGCGUAUUACGCUGAGAAUUGGCGAACUUUGCUGAGAAUCAUCAGUGCCAUCAACGUGCCGGCCUUCUUUAUUCUGAUGCAAGUGGUCUGAAUUUAUUUGGAGUCAUUUUGUGAUUUUCUACCCUUUUAUUGACUCAGUUUUUAUCUAUUUUCUUUUAGGAUCGCCUUCGAAUCACCUCGGUGGAUGAUUCAAAAAGGGAAAUUGGAAAGGGCUAGAGUGACGCUGAAGCAAAUCGACAUCAUCAACAAGACAUCCACACCCAAGAGAUUGGAGUUGCUCAAUACAUUGAUCACAAAUGAAGCUAUUGUGAGCUUUUUCUUAUUGUGCUAGACAUUUGGAGUAAUUUUAGGAAAACAUUUAUUUAUUAUUUUUUUAUUUUUAGCUCGCGCUUUGUGGACGAGAACUUAAAAUUAUUUGAAUUUUUUAAAUUUUUUCUAAAAAGGUACUUUUUUGGUAUAAUUUUUAGUCAUCAUAUUUUUUCAGGCUACUUCUCAGGAAAAACGUCGUAAUCGGUACUAUGUCUACCACCUCUUCUACACCUCCAAACUCGCCAUUUACAUCGGAGUGAUCUCCUUUUCCCUGUAAGACCACCUAUUUUCUUCCAAUUUUUCAUUUUCUUUCAGCGCUUGCACCUCAAUCCUCGGAUAUUCGACUGUUUUCAACAUGGAGUACCUGAGUGGCUCGGUCUAUUGGAACACCGCGAUCUACGGGUUCUUCCGGUACAUAAUCAACAUUGCCGUGGGAAUUGUGGACUUUAAAGUGGCGAGAAUCGGCCGGAUUACCAUCUACAACAUGACUUUGAUGUUCAUUUUAACAAUGUUAGGGCUUGUUGUGGCUACGGAUUUGCUGAGUACGUUUAACGGGAGAAAUUUCGAUAAAUCGGAGAAAAAAUAUAUUUUUUUCUCUGAGUACUCUCCUCCUUUUCCAAAGGGUUUCGCCUGCUAAGAUCAUCGGAUAUCUCAGUGGUCAUUGCAAUGCAUAAACUAAAAUUUCUGGAAAUCCCAUACAGAUCGCGUUUGUAAAGCUAAAUAAUUUUUUUAAUCUCAUGAAUUUCAGAUCUCGACCAUCCGUAUAUGACAACAUUUUGUGUGCUUUUCGCAGCCGGAAUGGGAAGUCAGUUGUACAUGGUCAACGCCGUUGUGACCGCCGAACUUUUCCCCACCGCCAUCCGAAAUCAAGCCGCCUCAUUCAGCCAGCUUUUCAGCAGAUUUGGGGGAAUUCUCGCGCCCCAUCUCUUCCUAAUUGUAAGAAUUUAAUCAAAUCCUAAAAUAUGAUUUUUAAAAUACGAAUUCAAUUGAUUUCAGGGAAAAUUCUGGGAACCAUUGCCGUAUUUUGUCAUGUUUUUGAUCAGUUUGGUCAACUUAGUACUGGUUAAUUUAUUCAUGCCCGAGACCAAAAACGUCGCUCUUCUCGACCACAUGCCCAAAAAGAGCGAGCGAUUGUGGAAUCGGAAGACAGAAGGGCUCACGAUUAACUUGACUGAUGCAAAAUUGACUGAGAACCAAUAA